CGUGUGUCUGUGUGUUCGUGUGUCGGUGUGUCGGUGAAGGUGUACGACUCGCGGCCCCGUUAUCUCACCGGCUGAGUCAGUCAGUGUCAGCCACUGCUACAACCAGUCUUCGCUCUUCUGUCGUUCCGCCAAGUUUGUGUUCGCAAAGGUAGAGAUCCAGGUGGGUGGUGUGAACCCCAGGGCAGUUCUAACUACCGCAACGGACUGACCCACCCGACCACUACCACUACCCACCCGAUGUCUGCAUCAGCACGACAACUCGCAGGUCGCGAUUGCUGCAAAGGUGUCGCAGAAAGUCGUCACGUCACGUGCAAAGGUACGGGCGUGCACGCGGGUGGGGGAGCGGGUAGCUGGGUAGGGGAGGAAAAGAAGGAGGCGCGGUGAUCGUUGAAGAAGGAGAGGAGUCCAAGCUUCACGAAGGACGGGAGGGUUGUGCGUCGGAGGCGACUCGGUGUGGCAAGACCUCGAGUGCUUUCGUGCCGUGACCCCCAGCGAGAGGGGAUGGCAGGGGACGGAACUCGCGAGGUCAAGUUGGCGUGCUGGUAAGGGUAGUCGGACUUGCUGUAGGCUGCAGUGGAGAGACGCCGCUGUCGUCGCCGCCGCCACGGUCGAGAAAGAAAGCGAGUAGUAAUCAUACCUGCACGCAAUAGAAGGAUCAUAACUCUUCUUUCCUCCGGUGUUCACCUUUCCCCGCUGUGAGGACACCCUGCAAGCUUCCACCCGCGAGUGCUCCUACCCGAGGGUCUGCAACAGCAGCCACUGGAACUCCCAAACUCGCUCCCGUUCUGCCAGAAGUCGAUGAUGCGAAUGAUGACGGGGCAGUUCGAGGGACUAACGGUGUCAGGUUGAGGAUUGUCUUGUCUCGAGUCGCGAGGUGCCGUUGUUUUAUGAUUUGUGUGCGCGUGUGCAUCGCCGACACCACCUCCAGGAGGCUCCAGCACAAGCAGCGGCUUAUCUGCCUCUCGUCCACGACCUGUCUGAGAUGAUCGUAAGAUGCACUUGACAAAUCGGCUCCGAGUUGUUGUAGCUGUGACGUCAGCGAGUGCUUACUUCAUGACAGUUUUUAAAGGGGUGGGGGGCACCGACAGUCCACAGUUUUAUUAGGAACUGUCACGGGUAGGAUUGCACGAACGCAGGCAUCCACAGGUGGUGCGCAGACUUCUCCAGACCUGAUCCCUGAUCCCUGAUAAAUUUUUCAUCAGUCAUCUGCCGUGACAUCUCUGUAGCCGACGUCGGAGGAGAUGUAACGGCCUGCAAUUUGAUCUCCUCUGACCAGAAGCAGAAGGUGUCGGCAUCAUUGUGAUCUUUCAUCAAACCUUCUGACGGAUUGAAAUCAUCUUGACAGUCUUUAGCUUUGAGAGACGAUUGUGAGAGGCUGUUUCUAGUAAAUGGACUUGAACCACUUGCACUAGUUGACACCAAACCACUCUUCUGUGACAUCGAAGUUUUCAUCGUUGAGGUUUCUCGUUGUUCUGAAGCAAGAACUUCUACACAGCGACAGUAUAAGAUAUCAAUCCUUUCCACUGACACUGUACCUGCCCAGGUAACAUCAACGAAUUCAUCAACCGCGAGGUCCUAACCCGGGUGGGCAAAAGAAGACCUUGUGUUUCUAGUCUUCAGUUCUUGUAUCUGAUGUCCUUGCACUAAGUCAUCGUACGGAAGAGAAGAGCAGUAUAUCACGGUGAAGUAGCAUCUGACCUCCGACCUACGAUGAUCGGGACCUUCGUCCAGAAGCCGGGACUGGAACCAGAAAUGAUGCUGAUCACUACACCGCAAGUUCCACUCUCGCCUCUGUCACCGGCUGUCUCAAUCAGUCCCAUCGAUCUCUCCAAGUGCAAUGACACUGAUCUCGGGCUCUUCCUGUCCCAGAGGAUGGAGCUGGUGUGGCACGGCGAGUUCGACCGGUUGUUUGGCCAGUACUACCCGCACACGUGGUACCUCAUCCCCACCUUCCUGGCCCCCAACGACCGGUGGAGAGUGUUCAAGGACAGCGCUAAGGUUCGCUUCUCCUGCGGGGAGUGCGGUCACGGGUGGACCUCCAUGAAGGGGCGCGUGAUCUUCUGGUUCAACCUCAACUACGCCGCCAACGCCGGGUAUGUGCUGUUCAAGCUGUACGGUCAGCAGUGCCAGAAGUGCAACAACGGCAAGUUUGAGCACGCCAUGUGGUACCCGGAGGAGGUCGUCAAGGUCAUCGGCAACGUGUACAACCGCGUGGGUCAGAUCUUCUACGGCUUCGUGCGGCCGCCGCUGCGGAUCGACAGGCGCCAGGGCAAACCUCGCAACCAGCACAACGCCGAGCUGUGCCAGGCCUGCAAGGAGGGUCUGUGCAAGGAGGAGUGGACCUUCUCCUGAUGGUGCAUCACGUGCAAGCUGACACACAGCGCCCCCUGUGGGCGGUACAUGCCGCGCGACAAGGGACACAAUCAGGCCGCUGUUUCGCUGUCACCUUAAUUGCCAGUGGCAAAAACACAAACACAACCGAGAAUAAUUAAAGUUGAUGGCGUUGGGGGAGGGGGGGGUAAGGAAAGGGGGGUAACUGGGGAAAAGGGAGGUAAAUCAUAACGAGUAUGGCUCACGCUGGAUUAUUUUCUGAAAAUUGCGUUUCGCUGCCAAAUCCCAUGAUGCCAGCUUUAUGGUACAUUUAAAAUGUCUAACAAAUCUUUCAGGGACUAGCCACUGACGACAGCAGAUGUCGUAAAACUAAUUUAGGAAACACUUUUGGUAACAAUGCUUUUCUUGUAACUAUUAUAGUGAAGGGCAGGUAACUGGAGGCAACCAAGAGAAUUUAAUGCUUAAUUGUGAAAUUUAUUACACUUCCAGCAUUAAAUAUAUAUAAAAACCAAGAUAAAAAAACUAAAUUAAAAAAGUUUGUGGAUUAGAGGACGAAGUAAAUAUUUUGUCAUAAUAAUUUAUCACAGUAUUCAGUCUGAGGAAAGUCUUUUCUAUUUAGUCUUAGAACCUUGUCUCUAGCCUCAUUUCUCAGUUUCUGGACUGACAUUUUGAAAUGAUGCCCCACAGCAGCGACAGAGAAGAAAAUAUCCUGAAAAAAAUAAUAGUCGUCUGGUUUUUAUUCAUCGAGUACACAUUUAAUCUUCUGACAUUCCAUCGACUUCCACAGUGCCUUUGGCUUGUUAACAUUCCACUUUCAAUAAUUUCCCAGCAUCAUUCCAAGUUUAUCAUCAGUGUUCACAGUUUAUACGAAUUUUAUGAGGUGUGAUACGAAGCAAUGUGUUCAGCAGGCAGGAAGAGUGAAAGAAUGUCACGUGGACACUGUCUUCCCCACCUCUACCUUACAGGUGAGAGAGCGGCCUCAGCUGACAGCAAUCAUAAUUUAAAACUAAAACGAAUGCAGUUCAGUUUAUUAUAUUUUUGGCUGCUUGCCCCUUUUUUUGGUCAUCGAAACUUUGUUUUCGAAUAUUCUAAUAUAAAUUGUUAACUUUUUGACAUGUACAUUUAUAUAUAGAAUUGUUUGAUAAUAUAAAUGAGGUUUUAUCUCCUACAUGUACAUUCUGCGUAAAUGAUGUUUGAUAAUCAACACGUGAAAUGCCUGUAAAUUAAUGUCAACUUGUUUAUGCCCGAAGAUUGCAUUUUUUCUGACUUUGCUCAGACUUGAAGUAAUUUAAUGUAAGAUAUUUUUUUCUGUACUCUAAUACCGUUGAAGUGGUGAAGGAGUUGAGAGGUGAAACAAGAAAGCUUGUUGAUGAGUGAUGUCGGUUUGCUGUACUGAAAGCUUGCUCUUACUACAUAUAAAAAGGUCAACCAUUCUGAAGUACAUGUGUGAAGUGUCCUUAAUAUUGUUGGCAAUACUGGUUGUGGGUCAAAGAUAAUUAUGUGAUAGCCGUUCCGGUCUUUGAGCAUUGACACCGAGGGCGACGAGGGUCCCUCUUCUGUUUCUUUGAUGAUGAGUCAAGAAACCUGAGAAUUUUUAUGGUCAGAGAUAUUGCCAUCCCUUAUUCUUUGAAGAACUGAGUUACAGCGGAUGAAAUUCGUGACCUUUAUGGUGACCUGUGUGGUCUGGGGUCAGGGCUGCGGUCAUCGGAAGAAGCUGAGACUUCGGUAAGGUCAGGGACAUGACCUCUUUGUAAUGAUGUGUCGAUGUUUGAGGAUUUGGAAGGGAACUGGUCGUUCACAUUUUAGUGAAUGUGUUUGUUAUCACAAAGCAAACUCAAUCAUUUAAAAAAAUGUUUUUUUUUUCGCUCUGUGUAGCUUUUUAUCGAAGAUUGUUGCCAAGUUUAGCAGAAGUUAAACAAGGCACUUGAUGUUUUGCUGAUGAUCUGUGUUAAUGUUCACAGUUGUACAUAAAUGUUCAGUAUGGAUGGUUUGUAAUUAUACCCUAACAUUUUUUCCGCCUGUGGUGAAGGGCUAGGUCCUCAGUAGAUGAGUACCCGUGAUUACAAGAGAAAGUGAACACCAAGAACCAGUGAUUCUUUUUGACAGUCCUGUGGUGCCAGCGCCAUCUGUGAAAUAUUAUUCCUCAUUUCUGUCUAAACCACUGAGUUUUGUUCAUAAAAAUAUUCUUAUUCUAUGCCAAAUAUUUUAUAUUCCCACCAAAAUACAGCCUGGUUUUGUAGUUGGCACAGGUUACCUUUUGUUUUUAUGUUCUUCUACUCACCCCACCACUCAGAUUAACCGCUUCCCACCCAAAUUUUCUUUUUUUUCCGCUCUGCGUUCUUUUUUAACCCUUGUGAGUGUGAUAGCGUGCAUGCUCAAUAUGCAAGUGUACUCAGUUGCUCAACCGACCCCCAUCACAUUCCACAACACCUCCAGUGUCUGCCUCCUGACAUGAAUCUAGAUACCUGUGAGUAGUGUAACAGCGCCAUCUACUGGAGUGUCGCCCACUUCACAAGGGCGGAAACCUUUGCGUGACUGCAGCAGACGACAAUUCUCUGCGGUUGCCAUUAUUUAUAUUCCUGCUUUGUUAAACUUAUAUUUUUAUUGUUGUUUUGCUUCCUACACGUAUACUUGUAUGGCGAAUGAGUGAGCACAGCUCAUUGGUCUUUAGGGUUAGGACACGUGGACACAUGCUAGACAUGCUAUUUCAUUCUUGAAAUAAAGAUUCAGUUUUCAGCUGUCUGUGAAUAAAAACACAUAUAAUGGUUGCUACAUUAUGUAUGUAAUAUGUAUCUUCACUAGUAUAGACAACAGGUAGCAUAGUUAGUGAUACAGUAUUCAUAAAUUGUGUCACGUGACACGAUGGGUUGGUGGUUCAGAACUUGAGAGGAUUGUGUUUGGCGAGUACGAAAAAUUAAUAGAUAGUGAGUAGACAGACGAUGAACUUAACAUUACCUGUUAUUAAUAUAAUUAUUGUUAUUAUUUACGCUUCCAAGCCACUUUCUAUAAAACAGCUUUGUGUAUGGUCUUACAAAAGAGAUUUUGCGGUAGUCCAGUUUCGGACGAAAUCAUCAAACAACAUAAUGGUUGUACAUUUACACAACAACAACAACAACAACAACAACAACAACAACAACAACAACAACAACAAAUCCUCAGGGUUUCAGGCAGAACACAUCAGGGUUCUGUUUAAAAACAUACUUUUUACUGUGGAGAGUAGAAUAGAUAGUAGAAACCACCAUUUCAUAUUGAUGCUGUGCACUGGAUUUAAUUUAAUUUGUAAUUUUUUAUUUUUAUAAAUGUGUGCAUAUUGUACAUUGUUAAUAUGUUUGACUUGUUGCUGCCUUGUACACACAUGUAAUAUUGUCAAGACACUCAAAGUGUCGGUUUUCUAGGGCAAAACACCAGCGAGUCACUUUGCUUCAGUUGUCAGCCGUUUGUUGUGGUUGUUUGGCAUCGAGUGUUGUCACUACAUUCACCUGUUCACUUGUUCACCUGUUCACCUGCUUGUGUCACACGAUGGGGAUUUUUUUAACCCCUCCUGUAUGCUAAUAUUAUUUCAUUUUGUUACCUUCGUAAAAAAAUUGUAUUGUCGCGAUUUAUAAAACAAUUUUAUGAAAAGUG